AUGAUCCCGACCCAGUCACCGCACAAAACACAAUCCAAACAGCCCGAAGAGUCGCCAAUCGCCAAGCAUGUUUAUCCCUUGGCUCCGUCCCAUUGCCCGGCUGCAGGACACGGCGUCGGCGGACAAAGAUCAACAGACAGAGAGGAGAAAGAUGCCCCCGACAUUCUCGACGAGGAGAGCAGCUCCGAGGUCACGGUGAAGGAAGGUCACGACGUCACCUUGGUCUGCCGCGCCAGGGGGUCGCCCAAGCCGGUCAUCUCGUGGAAGAGAGAGGACGGAGGGAGGAUUGACCUCAACAAUGGCAUUAAUCUGAGAGUAACCAACUCGGAGGUGCUGCACAUCCCCUCCGUGUCCCGCCUGCACAUGGGCGCCUACCUCUGCAUCGCCUCCAACGAGGUUCCUCCGUCGGUGUCCAAGAGGAUCAUGCUCAACGUCCAGUUCCAGCCCGUGUUGUGGAUUCCCAACCAGCUCGUUGGAGUGGCACUUGGCAUGUCCGUGACCCUCGAGUGCCACACAGAGGCCUUCCCUCGGUCUAUCAACUACUGGACAGAUGAUAAGGGGAAGAUGAUCUUAUCUAGUGGGAGAUUCGACACGGUGGUCACAGAGAACAGUUACAGGGCCUACAUGCGGCUCAAGAUCAAGAAUGUGCAGCCUGAGGAUUACAUGUCUUACGGCUGCUACGCGAAGAAUUCCUUGGGAGAGACCAACGGCAGCAUCAAAGUCUAUGAGAUACCCCGAGAGCUCAUGGUGAACCCGCCCGCACCCGAACCGACCCAGCCCGACGAGGACCAGGUCAAGUUGGAGCGAGAGAACCAGACGAAGAACCUCAGGCCGAAGGACCCCGAGAACAAGACGAGGCCCGACCGGCGAGGCCAAGGGCACCGCUCCGGCAUCUCCGAGAACCACCCCCUCCACAACACUCCACCCACGUCCUCCUCCCCGCCCCGCCCACGCCCUGGACACGCCCUCAACGCCAGCCUCGUUAGCGGUCUCCUCGCCGCGUGGUUGCUUCACGCCCUCGCCGCCGCCCGUCAGCGCGUGUGACGGACGUGAGGGUGAAGGGAAGAAAGAUGGAUGAAGAUGUGGAGAUAAAGAUAGAGAGAGAGAAAUGAUUAGAGAAUUGUGAAGCGAAAAAAAGAGGCAGAUACGUGAUAGAUGGAGAUAGGUAGAGUGAGAGAGAGAUAAAGAGAUACACAAAGAUAGGACAUAAGAAAAGAGAGAAAAAAAAUGUGAUAUGUGAUCGUCGUGUUGACGCAAACCCACAGGCGGGUCGACCACGAACCGAAGCUGGGAGACAAAUCCGCAUUUUUUAAAUAGAUUCCGUUACCAUGUGCUGCUGUGUUGCUACCAUUAUUACUACUACUUAUCUUUCUAUCCUCAUAUGUUAGUGUUGUUGCUGCCACGUGCUAAAAGAUAAUGAUAAAAAAAGAUAUAUAUAAAUUGAAAAUAUUUACUGCUCCGAACACGUGCUGGUGUUGUUUUUGCCAUGGAACUUCCGGCCCGAAGUGUGAGCACGUGAAUUCCCCUCGUGAUUCGAUAGGCCUACUUCUGACACGUGCUGUUAACGUCGCCCCGCCCCCUGGGGAGUGCUUGGCGUAGGCGCACCUCGCCGGAGUCCGCCGCCGCCGCCCCGUGCUUGUGCAACAGAGCAAUAGGCUCGCAACAAGGACGACCGUUAACAGCAUGCGAGAGCGCGCGCGUGGCGAUGACGCAGGCGCUGUCACGUCGCUCGCCUCGUCGCAACCUCAGUCCUCCUCUUUCCCGGUCCAAAGUCGCACACACACCCAGCUGUACCAUUCGCCUUCACGUCUUGCCUUCUCCUCCAUGCAAAUCAUUCCCUCGUGUCUUCCUCUCUACUUCCUCUCGGCUCGUCUGUUGCAAGCAGGCGAGCAGACGACUGGCACUGAACGCCUUCCUUCUGCAUCGGGGUCUCUGGAUGCCCAGCUGAGAAAAAAGAAAAAAAGUAUAUAUCAAAACAGCGAAAGAAGAUUUAAAAAAAAAAAAUCAUAUUUCGUGUCCACUUCUGUAUAGAGUUGUAUAUACAUAUACAUACAUAUAUCUAUAUCCAUAGCAUCUGUAGUAGUCCCUUCCCCGUUUCUUUAUUCGAGGUCGUCGGCGAGUUCGAGACCGCAGCAAGAAGCAAGAGGAAGAAGUCCGGCAACAUAUAUCUUGAAGGGCCUCUUCCUGCUUCCUUCUGAGACCGUAACUGUAAACUUUUUUUUUCAAUACCUUUUUUUCUUGAGUUUGGUUGGAAGCAGUUCGGGGGAAAGAGAAACAAAGACGGCGCGAACCUCGAUCGAUAUCUCGUAUACAUUUGGAAUUUCGGUCAAAAGGACACAUUAUGUAAUCACUGGGAAGACAGCGGUACAGACAUUGAUGUAAAUAGCAGAAAACGGCGAAGAACAAUGGUAAAAGAAAGGGAAGGAGAGUGAAUGGGAAGGAGCGACGCCUCCCUCCACCCCCUCUUGCACCCCCUAAUGCGACCAUUCCUCCCCUACCACCCCUUCCCCUCCACGUGUUUGACCCUCCCAAUCCCCCCUCCUCCCCUCUCCCCAACAGGAAGGAAGCCGUGCGUCUCCCACAGUGACAAGCCCCCCCCCCCUCCCCCUCCUCUUCUCCUCCCCAAACCCCACCUCCGCACAGCAAUGAAGCGACGGUUCUGGACCAUGAACCACAGCCGGGGGGGCCACGCGCCCAGGAGCGGUUGCCGUCUUGCGCGGGCGAGAGAACCACGCCCGCAGACACGCCCUCAGGCAGGUGGGCCCUUCGGCGGAGAGAGGGACUCGGAGGAGAGGCUGGUGUGGGUCGCGGGCGGAUCGCGUUUCUGUUGGCAGCAGAAGAGGUUCGCAUGCCUAUAUUGCAUGCA